AUGACGACCGACGCGAGAGUCGCAGCGGAACCUGAGGUGCCUGCGCUACUCACGCUGGACGAACUGAAAAGCUUGCAGAGCCAACUCUCGGCGUGUAUCCGCGAAUGCACAGAGGCGUGGUUGGUGGUGCUGGCAUCUGCCGUCGUUUCGUGCAAUUCUGGACCGGAAUCAAUUGUGGACCUAUACUCUCUCGCUCUGGUCGAAGCUACGACCAAUUUGCAAGUGGGCGACGAGAGCAAGAGUAAAUCUCAACGCAUUCAGCAAGUCAUACAGGAGACACUCGUGAAAGGAUCCGUAAUCUUCGGUAUCCCGCCGGCGCUCGAUACGGUGUUUGUGCUUCUGGACCACCUGCGUAAUACGUCGCCCUCGCAUCUGCUCGAUUGCUCCCAUUUCGUCCGUCAUGCUCGCGUGCAAGACCCAAUCGGCUCGCUCACAACUCCUGCAGAGCAAGCGCUACGACGCGUGUACAGACACAAUCUCGACCAGAUCCUCGAUGAAAAAAUGAGCCACAACAUGCCCGAUCUCAAGUUCCUCACGCUCGAAAUCAACUAUGGCUUCAACCUUGGCGAGCAAAAAGUGCUCGAUUGGAGGUGCACCGAGCUGUUGGUCUUAGCAGCCUUGGUUGCGCGCAACUGCAGAGCCGAGGUGCUGUGGCACAUGCGUGGAGCGUUGAGAGCCGGUUGGAGCUCUGAUGACGUCAACAGCGUUAUCAACGUCGCCAAGCGCGUCGCCAGACGCAUGGGUUGCAGAACCGAAAAGGUACCAACGCUCCAAGAGGUCAAAGAAGAUAGCAAUGAUUGA